AUGGUGAGAUGGAGAGGCGGAGUUGGAGCAGGGAAUGGGAGGGUGAGGGCAGGGAAAGGCGGGGUGGGGGGAGGGAACGAGAAGGGGGGGGCAGGGAACGAGAAGGUGGGGGCAGGGAAAGGGAGCGAGGAGGCAGGGAAUGGGAGAGAAGAGGCAGAGAGUGGGCGAGAGAAGGCAGAGAAGGAGAUAGAAGGGGCAGGGAGUGGGGGAGAGGGGGAAGGGAAGGGGAGAGAAGGGGUAAGGAGUGGGAGGGAGAGGACAGGGAAGGGGAGAGGAGGGGCGGGGAGCGGGGACGAGGGGACCGGGGAAGGGACGAGGAAGGAGAAGAAGGAAGGCAUGAUGAAGGGGCCGGCGUGGUGGGCCAUAGCUUGGCAGGGGAGUUGCAUGAGAGGGGGGAAAGGCGACGAGGGGAGGGAGACGGGGGUAGAGAGGGAGGAGGAGGGCGAGGAGGAGGUUCAGGGGGUGGAGAGAGGGGAGGAAGCAGAGGGGAGGCAGGGCGAGGAGGGGGUGAGGGCAGUGGGUAUGGGACGCAUGGGAAUGGAAUCAGAGGAAGAGGAGGAGGAGGAGGUGGUGGUGGUGGUGAUGGCUGGUAGAGAGGAGGGGGUGGAUGCUGGUGGCACUGCCGAUGCCUCUGCUAGCUUUCCUCCUGCUGCUGCUGCUCCUGCUGCUGCUGCUGAUGCUCCUGCUACGGCUGCAGCAACAAGUGCUGCGAUUAACGCAGAGGAAGGGGUGUCGCGUGCCGAGGCAGAGGAACGGGGAAUGCGGUGGGUUGGUGGGAGGCGAGAGACGGAGGAUGCAUUGAGAGUCAAUGCCGAAGAUGUGCGUAGAAGGAAUGGGGAGAAUGUGAGGAGCUUGCAUGGUGAAGAGACGGAGCAACACGAGGAAGGGGAGGUGAAAGAGGAGGAGGAGGAUGAGGAGGAUGAGGAAGAAGAGGGAAGUGGGGAAGAGAGGGGAGGGCUACAGGAGGCAGUGGAGAUGGGGGACGGUGAAGAGCAGGAACGCGAGGAGGGCGAACAUGAGAAGCAAGGGGUGGGAGGUCGAGGUAUGGAUGGAGAUUUCGAGGAGGGAGAGGAAAGGGAUGGAGGUGGGAAACUGGCAAGACAUGGGAAUGGUGAUGCUGCUGGUGCUGAUGCGCAUGAUGCUGCUGGUGAUGAUGCUCAUGAUGAUGCCGAUGAUGGGGCUGAUGCUCAUGAUCACGCUAUGGUUGUGGACACUCCACUCGCUGUUCCGCCCUCACCUCCUCCUGUUGCUGCUGCUCUCCUUCCUCAGAGCACACCUCCCCUGGCUCCUCCUGCUCUUCUUCCUGCUGCAGCUGCUGCUGCACCUGUGAGCCAGGCCGUGGCACCCACCAUGCCCAGCGCAAGUACCACAGGUGGGGCGACGGAUGCUGGUGCCACGGCAGUGGUGGUUAUUGAGAACCUAGAGGACGAUACCACUGCUCAAGACGUGCGAGACGUGGUGCAGUUCACAAGAUCGACCCCUUUUUUCUUUAUAUGGUUCACUGGUCAACCCCCCUCCUUCCAUCCAACACUACCGCACCGUGUGCAGGCGCUCACAGUGUUUCCAGUGCUGGGAGCGGCGUUCUUCCCCCGGCACCCACUCCGCGACCCCCCUGGAGCCGCAUGGGCGGCUCUGCUCUUCCGCUCGCGCGACGAGGCGGCCAGUGUGGAGCGCUUCCUCUCGCACGACGCCGCUGUCAUGCCCUUUGCCACGCGCAGGCCCUGGAGAGCGUGGCUGUUGCAAGGGCAACCGGCUGCUGACCUCAAGCGAUACCUCGUGCCAUCGCAGCCACCAUCACAGCACCAGCAGCAAGCGCAUGCUGAGCGCAUAAGUUCCCCUGUCGCUCCCCAUUUCUCACGAUCCAAUUCCCUGCCCCGUCCCUCAUCGUCCCGACCGUCCUCGCCUCGACCAUCCCGUUCUCGACCCUCCUCUCCUCGACCGAGCGGGAGAAGCGCGGUGCCGCCUCACCUGUCGCUCGUGCCGUGGCAGUCGGAGGCAGCAGAGCUGCAGCGGCGGUGGAGGCGCAUGAAGAUGCGGCACGAUGUGGAGAUGGUUGACUUGGCGCAAAAGCAUUCGCUGCAGGAGCACCAGCUGCGUCUGGCUUUUCUGUGA